UAUUGUUGACGUAAAUUUAUAGGUGCUGAUUCCUCGUCAUAGAAUAAAGGUAAAUUUUAUUUACGUCGCUUGGUGAAACAAUUAACAUAAGCUCUACAGAGCUUUUCUGCGACCCUAUAUUAAAAACAGUUAAAACCAAUUAUACCUCACCCCCAGCAAUAUGCUGGUACCCAUUUACAGCUGAGUCGACUGAGGCAAUCGUGAUAAAGUGCCUUGCCCAAGGACACACCGCAAUGGGAGUAGCCAGGAUUCGAACCAGGGGCCUUCACCUCCGUAGGAAAGCGUCUUAGCCCUCUCGACCAAUGCGUCCACGAUAGAAUAUUUUAAGUGUCGACCGAGUUUCAUAUUGUUGACCUAAAUUGAUCGGUGCUGAUUCCUGGUCAUAAAAGGUUUUCAGUGUCGAACACGUUUAAUAUUGUUGACGUAAAUUGAUCGGUGCUGAUUCCUCAUCACAGAAAGUUUUCUGUGUCCACCGUGUUUAAUAUUGUUUACGUAAAUUGAUCGGUGCUGAUUCCUCAUCACAGAAAUUUUUCAGUGUCCACCGUGUUUAAUAUUGUUGACGUAAAUUGAUAGGUGGUGAUUCCUCAUUACAGAAUGUUUUCAGUGUCGACCGUGUUUAAUAGUGUUGACGUAAAUAGAUUGGUGCUGAUUCCUCAUCACAGAAUGUUUUCAGUGUCGACCGUGUUUAAUAGUGUUGAUGUAAAUUGAUCGGUGAUGAUUCCUCAUCGCAGGUUUUCAUUGUCGAACACGAUUACUAUUGUACACGUAAAUUGAUCGUUGUUGAUUCCUCGCCACUAAAGUUUUUUAGUGUCGACCACGUUUAAUACUGUUCCCUACUGAUAUGGAUGGUGUCACAGUGGAAAAUCUUCAAUGUCGACCACCACUAACUUUGUACAUGUACCAGUAAAUGUAGAGAAGUGCUGAUUUCAUAUUGGCACGAUAGAAGAGUCUUAUUGUCGAACGCGUUUAAUAGCGUCACGAAAAAUAAUUUUAUAUACUCGUGUGUCACUGAUCUAGCAGUGAUCGGCGAACAGACAUUUGAUUUGUAGCGUUAACUGUUUUAGGGUCGGAUGCUUGUUGAUGUUAACGGACUAGUAUAAAAAAAAUCUGGCAUGGCGGAUGACGAUGUCCAGGUUACAACAUCUCCCGGGGAAAGACUGGCCUACAAGUUUGUGUUGUCGGCAGUAUCUGCAAUGGUGGCAGAAUCUGUGACAUAUCCUUUGGAUUUAACCCGGACACGACUUCAGAUUCAAGGGGAGAUCAAUAUUGCGGGGACCACAGUGUCGCAUUCCAACAGAGGAAUGCUGAAAAUCAUGCAUGGCAUUGUAACAGAAGAAGGACUGUUUAAAUUAUGGCAAGGAAUUUCACCUGCACUUUACAGACAGAUAGUAUACUCCGGUUUUCGAAUGGUAAUAUAUGAAGGAUUACGGGACCACGUGUUUCAAAAGAAUGAAGAUGGUUCAUUUCCGCUUUGGAAAUCAGUGAUUGUUAGUGGAACGUGCGGAGCUCUCGGUCAGUUCGCCGCCAGUCCGACAGAUCUAGUCAAAGUCCAGAUGCAAAUGGAAGGACGUCGACGAUUGGAGGGUAAACCAGUCAGGGUAAAAAGCUGUGCUCAGGCAUUUCGAACAAUAUUCAGGGAAUCUGGUAUAAGAGGAUUAUGGCGUGGGUGGGUGCCAAAUGUACAAAGAAGUGUUCUAGUCAAUGUUGGAGAUCUUGUCACAUACGAUACUGUAAAAAGACAGUUAAUCAUCAAAACAUCACUACCUGACAACUACAUUGUGCACGGGAUAUCUAGUGCUUGUUCUGGUUUAGUGGCAGCUAUUAUGUGUACGCCGGCUGACGUAGUGAAAACUCGGGUUAUGAAUCAACCAACAGAAAAUGGCAGGCCAGUACUAUACAAGAAUUCCAUAGAUUGCUGUAUAAAGACUGUAAAACAGGAAGGUUUUAUGGCUCUCUAUAAAGGUUUUGUACCAACAUACUGUCGUUUGGGUCCAUGGCUUGCAGUAUUCUGGUUGAGUUACGAACAACUAAGACGAAUGACAGGACAUGUUUCAUUCUAAUGAUAUGCAAUUAUCAUGUUCAUUUCUCAUAGUAAUUUUACGUUUGUGCUGUAUUGAUACAUCUCUUGGACAUUAAUUUGUGAAGUGCAAUAAUG